ACCUGCUACGAAAAUAUCAGGGCGCAUGUUAUCACCAGCAGGUAUAAAGAGGGCUUUACCGUCAGCUCUUCGUCUUUAGACUAGCUAUUCUACACUGUGUAUGUGUCGGCUUCUUUUACUGCCGGGAGGAUGUGUCGCAAUGUUAAUUUAUUUCACUUGAAGCCACACUUCCUUUUUUACCUUCUCUGUAUUUGCGCCUAAAGAGACAGUUGAACGAGACAGCCGCGAACAUGUAGCCUAGGCGAUGUGUUGAUAGUCUCAACAUUUGUACUUGAUAAACAGUUUAAGUAGAUUGUCAUCAGAAAAACUGAAGAAAACCUGGAUGAUGUAACGUUAAGCAGUGCUAUUCUGAUAAUAAGAUACACGAGUCGAGACUGGUGAGCGCAGUGGGAGAAACCAGAAUUGAAACCUGCGGUGAAGGUGAAGGUAGGCUUGAAAUGAAGAUUUGCUUGUCUCUACAUUAGUUAUUGAAAUAUAUUACUGUAGGCCUACUUUGGUAUCAGCAUCUGCAUGCGUUUGGAUUUUCAGCCAUGUUUUCUAAAUAUGUCCUUGUUUUUGCUUGAGCAGUGAAAUAAAGUUGUAUCAAAUUUGACAUGAGUAAUUAUGUGCACUGAACGCUUUCUACAAAUAUUGGCAGUUGUUAAGCUAUAUAAUAUAAUAACUUUAUUUUUCUAAGAGGGAACUUCUAAUGUGAUUGUCAUGUAGGCUAUUAUUUUUCAGCACAACAUUAACAUAAUUGCAAUUAUUUUGUGAGUUUGUGAUUUAUGAUGAUUAUCUACUUAUGGAUUGAUUUGAGUGAGUGUGUGGUGUCAAAUCUUUUAAAAUUGCAGCUGUUCAUUUCAAUAAUGUAAUAAUUUACUAUUCCAACCAGCUGUACUAGAUUAUAAAUCAGGGGGUUAAAUGUUCCUGCAUGAAAUGCCCUGUAGGCUACUGUAGUUUCACUGAAACUAUCAUUUGGAUGGUCCCUGGUUUGGAAGUAUUGUGUCAAUAUAAACCUACUGAUACAGUACUUACUUCACGAUUUGGGUUCUCCCAGUUGAUAAUUAUUGAAGUAGCCUAUUCAAUGAAUAGGUGAGCUGUUGAGGGAAUAGGUGAGCGGUCUGAUGGAGAGCCCGUCUUCUACGACCAGGCGGCAGGCCUGGGUCCAGACCAGUCGACAGUGGCUAACCCUGGAAGAACUAGAUCCACAGGUACCAGGACCAUACAUCCACCCCUCUGCCCACCCAUCUACCCUACAACGACCAGGAUAUACCCAUCCUUCUGCCCCACAUGGACCACCAUACACCCAUCCCUCUGAUCAACACCAGUCUGCAUCAGAGGAUGAUGUCUUCUCAGAUGGAUGCUCUGCAGGAAAGAUUGAGAGCUGGCUUCUGGGCUGUGGGCUGGAGACAGGCUCAGAGAACUCUAGCAAUAAUCUGACUGUUGAGUCUCUGCUGAAAGCGAACAGUUUUGAAGAUGACCUGAGUCUGGGUGCCGAGGCUACAGCAUUAAAUGUCAAAGGAGUCUCAGAACUGAGGGUGUUGCUUCCGCCACCCAAACAUCUUCACAGAGGUGGAGUCACCACCAGUACUCCCCGUCAGAGGCUGGCUCUGCCCUUACUCCACCUCGGUUACAGUAUUGCCUCCAGUGGCUUCUCCAAUAGCACCAGUAAGGCAUCAAGUGUGUCUGAGGUGCUGCAACUGUGUGCAGAGGAUGCAGAGGAGACUCUGUACGAUUUGGGGUUCGGAUGUGACGAGCCUGAUGUUACAGACCGCAUCCCCACCCGUUUCCUCAACUUCCCUUCCCAGCUUCACGGUAUCAACUUCCGCCUCUUCCUCCAGUCCCAACUGUACCGCCUCCGACAGGAGGACCCAGGACUCUCUCUGGCCAGUCGUUUCAGGCAGGUAGAGGUGUUAACAGCCAUGGCCAAUGCCUUCUACUCCCUCUACUCCCAUGUGUCCCGCAUGCCCCUUCAGAAGCUCUCCCCUCCCGAGUUCAGCAUCUCCCCCACCGCCGACAAGCAGACUGGACGGCGCUUCAUGGGAAGCCUUCGCAGCGAACCGAGGUCUCCAGUGGAGCGAUUUAAGGACACGGUUUCUAAGAUGUGCUUGUAUACUAGUUCUGGUGGUUCCACCCAGCUAGGCUCGGACUCUGCCUGCCACGGUCCGGGAUUUUCUUCCGGACCUGGGUCUGGGUUGUCCCCCAAGAAGAGAAGCAGCCUGCCUGACUUGGUGGGACUGGUCUUGGAGAAUGCCAAGGCAGAGGCUGUAUCCAGAGACAUGGAGGAGGAUAAUCAGGAUACAGGGGACAGUAAUAGGAUGAGUGCUGCUAUGGACACGAGUACUAUGGUGAAGGAUAGAGAGACAGAGACACAAGGACACAUAGACACAGUCAGUGACAAGGAGAUGGAGCAGGGUUUGUUAUCAGAUGUACAGAAUAUGGACACAGGGCAUAGUAGUUUGAUUAGUUCUGUGGAGCCACAUCUGGUCAAGGACAGAGCGACGGAGACACAGGGACAUAGAGAGACAGUCAGAGGCAAGGGGUUGGACCAGGGAUCGUCAUCAGAUGGGGACGGGGCUGAUUUAGAGAGAGAGAGAGACACCGAUGGAACUCCAAAUCUUCGAGCACUUUCAGAAUCAGGUCAGCGAGAACCCAGUAGUAGAAUGAAGCUGGACUUUUGCCUUACUACUCCAAGUUCUACUUGUGAGGUUGGAGAAACUCACAACACAAUUCAUCCCACAGACUGGGCAGCGGUGGUGGCACCGGUUGCCAAGGUUACCCAUGACGUCAUAUGUUCUCAGGUCGUUGAGAGUGUGCACCAGGCACUCUACAGAAGUCAACUACAACAGUGGAAUAAUAACACACAGAUGGCGACCAUUUUGUCGUCUGUUGUGUCCUGUGAGAAUGUCAGAUCUGACCGUUCCUUCACCACAUCAGACGCACUACACAAAUCCAGGGAGGAGAAGGAUUUAACUACCAAUAACUCAGCCAAGAGUUUAGAGGUCGCCAUAACUCCCAUUCCAAAGGCUGAGUCUGAGGGUGACUCUCGUUUGGGAGAAACUGGGACACUGGUGGAGUCCACGUUCGUGCCCAUAAAGCUCCCUAGUGGAAAGAGGUCCCCUUGUCUAAUCACUGUAACUGAUGUGGCUUGUAGUUUUAGUUCUGCAUACACACCGGAGAUGGUUCUCAUUCCCAGUGGUGGUAUCACUGAGGUGCCUUCAGCAGCCCAGUAUUAUCCAGGUGUAUGGGAGAACAAGUGGUGCCUGAGUCCUCUGAAACCGCCACCAAUCCGGGUCCAAGGGGAGGCAUCCCACAGUCUUCAACAGGCCAACUCCUUUGAGCUAGAGGAGGUACAUAGUGCAGGGGAGGAAGACUUUGGACAGCAAGAAACCAUAAGGUCAACAUCUUUGUCACUGUCUACUGUCAAUCAAAACACAGGUCUGGUGGUUCGAGGGGACAGCAUGCAGUCAGACAGUAGUGGCUAUGCUGAUGAAGACGUCAUCUCUUCAGUCUACUCCACUGACAGAGACAAGAGCUGACAGACUGAUAAGGGUUGAGUUCCUGCCUGACUCGAUGCGCAGGCAUUGCAUUGCAUCAACCAAUGGUCGCGUGCCAUGUCAUCGACUGUGCAGUUGGGCAUCAGAUUGCUAUAUCAUACGAUGUGUUUAGGUGAUAUGUUAAAUACCUAUCAAGGCAUCGUAGUCAGGCAGGAACUUGACCAAGACCCUCUGGGAACUAGACUCAGGGAACUCUGUGAGUAUUAUUUGUAUGAGUCACACAGAAACAUGUUCAUCCAACAGAUACUGAUUGUUUGAUUAUGAGGUAUGAGGUCUGUUCAUGUUAGUGUUAAUGACAUUAUGAAUCGGGUGUCAUCAGUCGGUGCAUUCUGAAUGCUGCCACUCCUAUGCAACACCAGUCCUUUGACUGAGUGCAGACAGAGUAAUCUGAUGGAAAGGAUUGCCCUGGAGGUAUAGUCCACACAUACUGUUUAAUUGUGAAGAGAUUGUCCUAUCUCCAUGUAUAGUGUUACUGUUGAUGACAAUCAUUAAAUCGAUGUUGUCACACCCUGA